UUCGUAGAGGUAGAAAUCCUGUCCAAAUUUAUUGACCACAUAACCAAAGUUUGAAACCAAAAGCCUUCGCUUACCCAAUCAAAUGGUUUACUCGGUCUUCCAUGAGUCAUUCCUUCAUCAGCUAAAUCAGUUACUCAAAGCCUAAGCAAUGCCAUUUAUAUUAUCAUUGAGGAAUCAAGCAUUUGCUUCUUAGUGAAAGCCACCAAAUCACCAUUCAGAAGAAUUAAAAAUUGCAGAUAUUAUAUUACUAAACCGUGACUGUGUAGAUUGAUUAUUUUUGUACUCCAUGUUUUUUUAAGGCACAGUAGAUUGCUGUUGUCGUUGUCGGUGUAAAUGUUUUUCCUUCGGCUCUCUCAUAAAAUAUCUUUAUGGUCGCUACCUACAACGCCCCAAUUUGGAUCAACAUCUGAAACAAGAAAGCUUUUUGGUGGGUUUGGGUUGGUCUCUUCAUCAAUCAAGCCUUUGUUUCCUUCUCUCCUCCUGUUGCUUGUUGCUACUCUUGUGCAAAUUUCUUGGUUACUUUGGUAUAUUGUUGAAGAACAGAUUGUUCUCCAUAUGGAACCCAAGUCUCUGGUUGGAGGGGAAAAUGAAGAAGCCACAUUCAGUUCAAUACCCAGAUCACCACUUCAAAACCAAAGGCCGAAUAGCAUGAUUGUCAAGAAAGUAUGUCCGCGCGAAUUCAUUCCUCCCCACAUAGUUGCUGAGGCCAUAUCAACUCUCCAUGGUCUUGAUCUAAGAUGGUCAGGACCAAUAACUCCAAGUGAGAUGGAAUAUGUGAGCAAGUAUGUCCAUGCCAAGUACCCGCAAUACUCGCAUGGCCUCAUCGAGGAAGGUGAUAAGACUGACCUCUACUCAAGGUAUUAUUGCACUGCAUCGCCGGAGAACUCCGACGACAGACGCAGGUCUCCAAGGGGAAGCCACCUCCCCGACCUCGUCAAGACUCAGUUGGAGCCUUCAAGGCUUCUAGACAUUCUCACUAAGAAGUCCUCCUUCCCUGGCAGCUUCAUAUCGAUCCCAGAGAUCCAAGCCCGGAACCGCGUCCUUAAACACUGUGGCCUGACCGAUGAGGAAUACCUUGUGCUCUUCACUCCAAAUUAUAAGGCUGCCAUGAUGUUGGUGGGGGAGAGCUACCCUUUCUUCAGGUACAACUACUACAUGACCAUCAUCGACGAUGAGGUUGACUACGUGAGGGAGUUUGCAGCAUAUAAGGAAUCAAAGGUGAUCUCAGCACCUGAGACUUGGCUGGAUCUCAGGAUCAAAGGAUCACAACUGAGCCAAUACUUCAGAAGGAAGUGCAAGCAUAGCCCCAAGGGGCUCUUCUCCUACCCUGCUGAGGUGAGAGGGACGAGGUACUCCAUGCACUGGGUCUCCGAGGCGCACCGGAAUUCAUGGCAUGUGCUUCUUGAUGCUACUGCACUUGUAGUUGGGGAGGAUCAGCUGAACCUUGCUCUCCAUAGGCCAGAUUUUGUGCUCUGUACUCUUGAUAACAAGCAUGCUCACCCUUCCAAGAUCACUUGUCUAUUGGUGAGAAGGAAGUCCUUUGAUACUUCAGCCUCAGCUUCAAUCUAAUUUACCUGUUGAAGGGUUAGAUUGGCUGCACUUUGUGUACUUUUAUGUGCCUCAGUUGGAGAUGGGGGUACUCAAACCAAUCUGAAAUUUGGCUGUAGGAGGAAAGCUAUAACUUCUCUAAAUUAGAUAUCCAGAUGUUAACAAUAUGGAGAUGGAAAAUAAAAAAGGGAUUUUACCAGUGUGCCAGAA